UUGGCUGGUUCCCGGCUACACGAAGAUCCCAUCGUCGCCUUCGGUUGACUGAUCCGCCCAAGAUGGACCGAGUGCUGCCGGGGAGGGUGAAGGAGGAGUGGCCGCCGUCGCCGGAGGAGGACGAGCAUGGACUGGCGCCGCGGCCGAUGGAGGGGCUGCACGAGACGGGGCCGCCGCCGUUCCUGACCAAGACGUUCGACCUGGUGGCCGACCCGGCCACCGACGGCGUCGUCUCCUGGGGCCGCGCCGGGAACAGCUUCGUCGUCUGGGACCCCCACACCUUCGCCGCCGUCCUGCUCCCGCGCUUCUUCAAGCACAACAACUUCGCCAGCUUCGUCCGCCAGCUCAACACUUACGUGACGCUUCUAUAUGUCAACAAACGGUGGUACUGUGAUUCUCUUCGUUUUGGCUUUAGAAAGAUUGACCCAGACAGAUGGGAAUUUGCAAAUGAGGGUUUCCUUAGGGGCCAGAGACAGCUUCUAAAGAUGAUAAAGAGAAGGAGACCCUUGUCUUAUCUCCCGUCAUCACAGCAGCAGGCCCUUGGCUCCUGCCUUGAGGUCGGCCAGUUCGGAUUCGAGGGGGAAAUCGAAAUGCUAAAGCGUGACAAAAACGCUUUACUUGCAGAGGUGGUAAAACUUAGGCAAGAGCAGCAGAACUCGAAAGCUGACAUGCAAGCCAUGGAAGAGAGGCUACACCUCGUUGAGCAGAAGCAGCUCCAGGUGAUGGGUUUCCUGGCAAGAGCAAUGCAGAAUCCUGACUUCUUUCUCCAGUUGAUCCAGCAAAAAGAUAUACUGAAGGACCUCGAGGACGCGUACUCAAAAAAGAGGAGGAGGUCCAUCGACAUAGUGCCUUUCCUUGGCCCUGGGGAGGCGAGUCAGAGUGAGCAACUCGAGUCGACAUUCCUGUUUGAUGAAAAAGAAUUUUCCGAGCUAAAUCAGCCUGGACACUCUGAGCUGGAGAAUUUAGCAAUGAACAUUCAGGGGAUGAGGAAGGGCAUGAGGGAUGACAGAGGUGGUCGGGAUCAGGUCAGUGGUGAGACAGAGCUGACUGACGACUUCUGGGAGGAGCUGCUGAGUGAAGGAAUGAGGGAUGAAGCUGCGAUGCCACAGCUGGAGAGGAGACCUAGAUAUGUCGACACAUAGUGUAGAAGUUGGGUCCUCUGCCACUCAUAUUAGAAUUCAUAGCCAUUGAAUCUGUAUAACCAAUGUAGUGAUAGCUCUAUUGUAUAUUGUAGUUCUAAUUUAUAGUGAUAAGACUGAUUGUAUUGUGGUUUUGGACCGAUUGUCUCGUAUAUAUAUGCAUACAGUUAUGUAAAAACUGAACCUUCUUUCUUGUUGCAAUUUUUU